UCAACCACCGCUCCCUACAGAGCCCCCUCCACCCAUGGGGGGAUACAGUGCUGGGUAUGGACAGGGACAAGGCGGACAAGGCGGACAAGGCGGGCAAGGCGGCGGACAAGGCGGACAGCACGGACAAGGCGGACAAGGCGGGCAAGGCUAUGGAUACGCCACUCACGGAGGGGCGUACACGGGACAAAUGUACGCCCCGCCACAGUCUGGUCACCCUCAUACUCCAGGCUACCCGCCUGCUCAGGGAUACCCGCCAGCUCAGGGAUACCCGCCAGCUCAGGGAUACCCGCCAGCUCAAGGAUACCCGCCAGCUCAAGGAUACCCGCCAGCUCAAGGAUACCUGCCAGCUCAGGGAUAUCCUCAUUCCUUCCCGCAGCAACACGGUCAAGGCUACCAGCCUCCUGCGGGUCCAUCGACAGGAUCGGGACCGCCUUCGGGCCCGGCCGGAUCUGCGCCGCUAUGGCGUGAGGACGGCGCCAGUGCAUCCGCCGCCAUCGCGUGAGGCCAAAACCGUCUGGCUCAAUGGCAUCUCCAACAACCUGCCCGACCAUGUCAUCCGAACUGCUUGCGAGGCCUUUGGCCCUGUUACCUCGAUCAACAUGCCCGUCGGCAAGCCGUUUGCUUUUGUUGAUUUUGCCACCCACGAUGCCGCCGCCGCCGCCGUCGCCGCGGCCUCCAUUGUUGUCGGCAAGACGACUGCCCGCGUCGAGUGGUCCUCGACGCCGACGCCUGGCAGCGCUUCCGGCCCGCCGUCGCGCUCGCGCCCGUUUGUCUCGCGCAACCCUCCGUCGGCCACGCUGUUUGUCGGCAACGUGGGGGUUGACGUCUCCCGCGACGACCUCCAUGCCGCCAUGGCCCAGUACGGCACCGUCGAGUCGGUCGAGACUCUGGCCGACCGUGGCUGUGCCUUUGUUCAGUUUGCCGCAGAGGCCGACGCCAUCCGCGCGUUCGAUACCCUCCGCGGCUACCUCCAGCUCGGCCCCCGUCGCCUCACUAUCGAGUACGGCAAGACGAGCCGGCGCUCUGCUCCCCGCGGCCACCCGUCGUCGUCAUACGACCGCGCUCGCACAGGCUCUAACACCCUGCCAGUUGGCGGCGGGAGCGGAGGCGGAGGUCCUGGUCUCGGCCACGGCGCCCCGCCCCGUGGCCCGCCCCGCGGCCCGCCCCGUGGCCCGCGUGUCGAGGGCCCCACCGGUUUUUAUGGUCGGCCGUCCGACGGUCCCUCCAUCCCGCGACAGGAGCACGUCAUCUCGCUGCCGUCCGAGGUCGCCUCAAUGGUUGACGAGAGCACGCUCUCGCUCGGUGCCGUCCCUAUCGAGCGCCCUCCCGAGGUCGCGCUCCCGCCCGAGAACAAGGAGGUCGUCGCCUUUAUCGAGGCACUCGCCGAGGCUGUCAUCGAUACGCCGGAUCUUGAGCUCCUGCUGCUGGCCAAGCACGACGAGCCGCGUUUUGCCUUUCUCAAGCAGGCAUACGUCGAGUCCGAGUCGGCAGACGAGGCCACCCGCGAGCUCGCUCGCUACUACCGCUUCCGCCUCUGGCAGGUUCGCGCCGCAAAGACCAAGAAGGCCCAGAUCGAGAUUCGCAACAAGGUCAUGCCCAAGCUGCUCCAGGGCUCUGCCCCGAUGCCGCCUUCGGCUCCGGCCCAGCAGCAGCUGCAGCACCCGCCGCCGCCGCGCCCGCCUCAGCAGCAACUCCAGCACCAGCUCCAGCAACACAUGCCCGUCCCCGCUCCGGCUGCCGCCCCGCCGCUCCCGCCCACCGCCCCGCCGCCGCUCCCGCCCACCGCCCCGCCGCCGUUGCCACCCACCCCUGCCCCGCCGCUUCCACCCACCGCUGCCCCGCCGCUCCCGCCUACUGCUCCGCCUCCGUCCGAGGUCGCGGCCGCCUUUGACGCCGAGCUCGCCCAGCUGACCGAGGCCAAGGCGUCGAUCGCCAAGGUUCGCGAUUUUAUGCUCACUCACGCCGAGUCGGCCAUCGAGCCCAUGCUCAACGCACUGCAGGCCCGCGCCGACGCCGCGCCCACCCUCACUGCAGCGCUUCCGAUUGCCUAUGUCGUCAACGAGGUCCUCUCCGCCGCCGCCCGUGCGCAGCGCAUCCCGUCGCGGCUCGCCCACGUCUCGCGUGCCAUUCUCCUCAGGCUCCCGGCGCUCUUUGGUCGCAUCCACGCCCUCGCUGCUGCCGCCAACUCCGGUCACGUCCUCCAGAUCGUCCGCGCCUGGAGCUCAAAGGCGAUUGUGCCCGGUGCCGCCGUCGACGCCCUGGAACCGCUCGUCGCUGGUGUGGUUCCGCACGACCAGGCCUCGUGGCACCGCUUUGUCGUCUCGCUCCCGUAGCCCCGCUCCAGCAAACUCCUACGCGCCGGAAA